AUGUCGUUUAACGUUGCAGGUUCUAACCUUCUGACGGUCGAGAAAGUGAGAGGAUUUAAUGACGAAGAACUUAAUGGCUUUUUGAAAAGGAGGUUAAACAAUAUUGAUAAUGAGAUAGACGCGUUAGCAGCUGAAAAAGUCGAUGGCGCAGGACAAGAAUUAAAGAGACGAUUUGAUGAAAUUAGUUUCAAAAUGGACGGGAUGAAUCGUGAAUUGAAGAGGGAACUGAAGAGGAUACAUUUUGCUGCGGAUGCAUGGUACAGUGCUAUAG